CCACACCCACACACACGGUGAGCCACGAUGAACACCAGGCUGUCCUUACUCAUGGUGUUUCUAAAGUCAUUGUUGCCCGCGCCCGGAGCCUCCCUCAGCCCAGGCCUGGACCCACGCUGCCCCGCCAAUACUACCAUCUCGGGGGAUGAUGAAUGGGCGAACAUUUACACCUGGCAAAUUGUGACGCACGGCUGUUGCAAGGUCUUGUUCGUGCACCCCGAUCCUGGCUUCAAGGGGGUUAGGCUCGUGGCGGCGGGCGAUGGCUGGCAGCAGGACGCCUGGUUCACGCUGGACAACACUUGCUUCCCUCUGGACGCACGGUGGUGGAGGUUGUUGGUAGGUGUAUGGGGAGGGAGGAACGAUGACAACAACAAUGAUGGCUUUCUUGUCUUUGGUGUACGGACUGGUGAUUGUUAUCUUGUGUGCCGCAGAACAGGCCACUUCCUUAAUGCCGUGAAUGUUACUGUUGUGGCUCACGGGCCCUCAAGGUGGAGAUUAUCGUACUCGCGGCAAUGCAAUGUAGAAGGAUACAAACAAGACAGAUACUCAUGGAUAAACUGCACCUCCCACCCCACCACCACCACCACCACCCCUACCACCACCACCCCUACAACCACCACCACCACCGCCACCACCAUCGCCAUCAUAGUCGUGCCGGUGGUGAUUGGUGUUGCUGUUGUUGUUGUUCUGCUAGUGGUGCUGACGAAGUGUUACUGGCAGCGAAGGGAAAAUCCAGUGCCCCGCGUGCCGACGCGGCGUGGACUGGCCGCCUCCUGGCGCGUCGGUGUCGAGGAAGCGGUCAGCGACAGCCACGUGGAGCCGCCCAUGGGCACCACCGUGCUCCCGCUCGUGGCGCCGCGGCAGCAGGAUCACAUCUUCGACGACGACGAGGAGCACAUCUACGACGAGUUCCCCGACCCUCUAAUCUGCCAGCAGAUCCCCGAGCCUCCAAUCUACGAGGAGAUCCCCGGGCCUUCAAUCUACGAGAAUGUCUCCGAGCCUCCAAUCUACGAGAAUAUCUCCGAGCAUCCACCCAGCCACAAGGCCGAAAACUUAGACUCCGAUGAUGAUGCUUACCUCACACCGAGGCGAGCACCCAUGGGCACACCCUCAGGGCACCGACCCAGCCACGGGCCGAAAGCUUAG